AUGGCAGAAGGGUGUGAGGAGGAGGAGGCGGCUCUGACCCGGGGCAGCGGGGUGUGUAAGUGGUUCAACGUGCGGAUGGGUUUCGGCUUCUUGUCCAUGGAGAGCAGGGACGGAGCAGCUCUGGAGCAGCCGCUGGAUGUGUUCGUCCAUCAGAGUAAACUGCACAUGGAGGGCUUCCGCAGCCUCAGAGAGGGCGAGGCUGUGGAGUUCACCUUUAAGAAAUCAUCUAAAGGACUGGAGUCUGUCAGGGUAACUGGGCCCAACGGGGCACCAUGCCUGGGCAGUGAGAGAAGACCAAAGAGUGCCCAGAAACGACGCUCCAAAGGGGACAGAUGCUACAACUGUGGAGGACCCGGCCAUCAUGCCAAAGAAUGCCAGUUGCCCCCUCAGCCCAAAAAGUGUCACUUUUGCCAGAGUGUGUCCCACAUGGUGGCCAGCUGUCCAGUCAAAGCACAGCAGCAGCAGCAGCAGCAGCAGCAGCAGCAGCAGCAGCAUCACUCGUCUCCAGGCUCUCAGGGAUCAGCUACCUCACCGAGGCAUGAGGAGGAGGAGGAGCACAGCCAGGCCGGCCUAUGA